AGAUGCACUCAUGUCUUAUAUCUCCUCCUCUUUAAACCUGUAUUUCCUGUCCAGCUUAUAAGUUCCUCUGUCUUCCUCAGACAUUAUCAGUACGUGUGCAGGACACAAUGGAGGACAGCAUAGAAGAAGACAUUGAGUCUCUAAUUGAAGGAAUGGCCUAUAUUCCCGGCCACUUUCAUCUGGAGUUAAAUCUGAACGGCGAACCCAAUGGAUCAGCUACCCUUCGGCUCCGGGACACCCAGAUGAAGCGGGAGAGCCUAAGGGCUGAGCUGGAAGCUGAGACGGGACGAUUGCAAUAUGCUGUGCGUAAUAUACUGGGUGUGCUGGCGUUUCAUAUGGACGAACUGGAGACAGCAGAAGAAACAUUUCGUAGCAUCUGCCAAGAGGAUCCAGAAAAUCUCAACGCCUGGGCCAACCUGGGAUAUGUUUAUGAACGCCUGGGCCGUGAGGUGGAUGAGGGGGGGUGUGUGGAGCGUGUGGCUGGCCUCAUGGGGCGAGAGAUGGGAGAAAACCAAACAGACUGCAGGCUUAGGGCAGCCCGGUGCUUGGCUGAACAAGCGUACGCACAUCCUCAUGAUGUGGAAUUGGAGAGGGAUGAAGAUUUACGCGAGAGGCUGACAGCGGCGCUGAUGUUAUACAACCGUGCGCUCGAUUAUGGAGAUGAGCUGAUACCGAUGGAGGAAAAAAGAAAUUGGUAUUUCAAAAUGGCAACAAUUUACAUAAGGUUAGAUGGAAUUGUACGGGAUUCAAAUGACAUUGACUUCACAAGAGUGAACUAUUUCAACAAGGGUCUCAAGCUUCUCACUGAGACUCUAAAAUCUGAGAACACGCAUCUCAAAGCCCUGGCCUGGUGUUAUAUUGGUCUCAUGCUGGAGCGAACGGAGGAGUUUUCCACUGUGCCAAUGUCUGUCCAUGACUGUGGAUACUCUGGAUCAGACCCUCUGACGUGCUACGGAUCGGCCAUUAAGCUUGCAACGGAUGAUGCACUCAUACUCAACAGGCUAGCGAACGUGUUCUUCCUGUCAGGCAAACUGGAGAUGGCCACAGGAAUCUGUAACAUGGCACUCAGUGUUCUACCUGAUGCUGAACUCAAUUGGCAGGCCUACUGCACUCGUGCAAAGCUUAGUGUCACCAAUUAUGCAAAGGAUCUCGACAAAGCAAAAUGUGGCCUAGGUAGCAUUCCUGACCGUCAGAUUCUGAAAGCAGCCCGUGCAGACCUGGAACGUGUUCAGGCUGUUCGACCCUGUUUGAGGACUCAUUUGGAGAUGGGUCAGGUUUACUACUACAUGGGUGUGGAUGCUCUGCAGGAGAGCCUGUUGGUCGAUGAAAUGGCCAUAAACCAGGCCCUGGUCAGUCUAGCUAAAGCUCUACAGUGUCCUCUGGGCUCUACAAUCUCUAAACUACAGCUUCUGAGAGGUCGCUGCCUACUGCUGAAAGGAGAGGAGCAGAACGCCAUUGACUGUUUCAGGAAAGCACUUGAACUGGAGCCUCCCGGCGUUCAAGAUACAGCGAUCCUGCGCUGCCUACUGCAGGCUAUUCUCAUGAGCUUCACCCAGAGCGGGAGAGACACGGGUCAUGCUAUAAUCCAGUUAGAGGAAUGUUUAAAGCAGGCGGAAGAGCGAUAUGGAUCUGCUGUAGUCCAGACUGAGUUGAAGGUACUCUGUCGAUCACACACAGAUGAGGUGACGGAGCUCUCAAAAGAUUUGGUGAAGAAGGGAAGAUUGGAGGUGGUUCGAAAGUUGCUGAGGAGUGUACAGCCACAAGAGAAAAAGUAUUCACUGGGAAGAUCUAUUUCUAUUUGAAAGGAUCUAUGGAAAGUUGACUAUUUAAUAUUCUCUCGGGCCAUUGUUUUAUGUGCUUAGGUGGUAUGCACAUUAAGACGAGGAUUAACAAUAAUGUAACUAUCCAUUUCAAACUGGAGGUAUUCAGUUUUGGUAAUGCUGAGUGAUGGACAAAAUGGUUUUAACCGUAUAACUGUGGUUUUAAAGUUGUAAAAGUCACUUUGGAAUGUUGUCUUUUUGGCUUUUCCUCCAGCAACAGGCCAGAAAGCAUGAAGAGCCCGUUAAACUAAAACCUACAAAUUUGCUAUGGGGUUAAAACCACUGAAAGCCUACACUCAAAAAAAGUGAUUACUGCAGCUUGUUCAGACUACCUGUUUAAAAUGAGCUGAAACAACACAAUUCUUGUCAUUUUUGUGGCCAAUUUAUUUGUUUGAUGUUGAGUCCACUUAAAUUUGUAAAUCAUUAAGUUAACUUAAGCAUUAUAACAUUGAACAACAUGAAAGAAUUGUGUUGGUUGAGAUAUCUGAUUAGGCAUGCUCCCCUAAUCAGAUAUCUCAACCAACACAAUUCAAUUAUAUUGCAUGGGAUUGAAUUGAGAAAGAGAAAUGUUGACAAUAGAAGUAAUCUUAGUUGUUUAAAGUUAAUAGAAAGACUUGUCAGAGUUUAAUCUUUAAUUUAGUUUAAAGAUUUAUAAGAUGUUCAUGUAAUGCUUUGAGUUUUGAAAUAUACCACCUUGCAGAAGCACCCAUGCUUUGGGUAUUAGUAGCUUCAUUAGCAUAAAUGCAGUUCUGAGAUUCAAUUAACUGUAUAUGUAACUCAUAAAAUAUGCUUAAAAUGGCUUUUAGUUCAUUUAUGAUAAUUUAGAACUUUCAAUUUUAUUUAAUUAUUUUAUUUUAUUUAAUUUACAGAUUUCAGAAUGUACGACACAUUACAGUAUGGUAUUAUCACAUGUAUGUAUGAUGUUAUCAGACCUUUGAGUUUAAGUUUAAAUACUGUAAAAAUACAAAUGUAUAUAAACUUUUAUUUGAUAAAAUAAUGUUGGACCAACUCAAUUGCAUUUAAUUGUGUAAACUAUUUUUGCCACAAAAAUUCAUUAGAAGGAAAUGCUGCCCUCAAUUAAACUGACCAUCCAUGGAGUUAUUUUUUGAGUGUAGGGACUUUUCCCUUAGGAACUAUUUCUCUUUGGAACAUUGAAUUAUAUCAUGUUUUACACCAACAUCAUAUUCUCCUGGUGUUUUUAAAGAAAAUUAAGUUUUGAAGAGACGUUAAUUAUGCUUAACUUAUGCUGAUAAUAUUGUUUGUAAUAAAAAAAGUCAUUAAAAUAUAAAGAAUCCAC